UCCCUCCCGCCCGCCGCUCGCUCUCCCUGGCAGACUUCUCCCGACGCCCCCUCCCGGCCCGGCCCCUCCCCUCCCGCCCCCCUCCGGGCCAGACCGCGGAUGGUACGUUCCGCACGUGAGCCGGGUGCUGGUCUGGCCGGCGACGCGCGUGCCCUGUGGCCAAACACUGCCCGGAGUGAGAGCAAACUACCAGCAGCGCCGAGGGGCCGGCGGGAGUGCGGGUGCGAGUGUAUGCGUCUGUGUGCAGGAGGGCGAGCGCGGCGGCAGGGGGGACCGACCGCUUCACACUUUCAGCCCUGCACUGAAGAGGGAGAGGAGAGACUGGAGACGCGCAGAUUCCCCCAAGAUCUCUCCAAGCUACCGUCCCACCGAUCAUAGAACAGGGGACCCCCCCUCCCCCCCCAAAAAAAGCGAAACAGAGGAAACACGGACAGCGGUGGAACAUGGACGAAGGAAUUCCUCGUUUGCAAGAGAGACAGUUACUGGAACAUAGGGAUUUUAUAGGCCUGGACUAUUCCUCUUUGUAUAUGUGUAAACCCAAAAGGAGCAUGAAGCGAGACGAUAGCAAGGAUACCUAUAAAUUACCGCAUAGAUUGAUAGAAAAGAAGAGAAGAGACCGGAUUAAUGAAUGCAUUGCUCAGCUGAAAGAUUUACUGCCUGAACAUCUGAAGUUGACAACUCUGGGGCAUCUGGAGAAAGCGGUAGUCUUGGAAUUAACUUUGAAACACUUAAAAGCUUUAACAGCCUUAACGGAGCAGCAGCAUCAGAAGAUAAUUGCUUUACAGAAUGGGGAGCGAUCUCUGAAAUCGCCCAUUCAGUCCGACUUGGACGCGUUCCACUCGGGAUUUCAAACAUGCGCCAAAGAAGUCUUGCAAUACCUCUCCCGCUUUGAGAGCUGGACGCCCAGGGAGCCGCGGUGCGUGCAGCUCAUCAACCACUUGCACGCCGUGGCCACCCAGUUCCUGCCCGCCCCGCCGCUGCUGGCGCAACAGGUCCCCCUGGGCAAGGGCCCCGGCGCGCCCUCGGCCGCCCCCGCCCCCGCCGCCGGGGCCAAGGCCGCCGCCCCCGGCCCGGAGCGCGCGGGCCAGAAGCUGGAGCCCCCGGCCCACUGCGUGCCCGUCAUCCAGCGGACUCAGCCCGGCGCCGCCGAGCUCGCGGCCGAGAACGACACGGACACCGACAGCGGCUACGGCGGCGAGGCCGAGGCCCGGCCCGACCGCGAGCGGGGCCAGGGCGCAGGGGCGAGCCGCGUCGCCAUCAAGCAGGAGCCCCCCGGCGAGGACUCGCCCGCGCCCAAGAGGAUGAAGCUGGACGCCGCCGGGGGCGGGGCGGCGGCCGCGGCCACCGCGCUCCUGGGGCCCGACCCCGCCGCCGCCGCCGCCGCGGCCGCCGCGCUGCUGAGACCCGACGCCGCGCUGCUCAGCUCGCUGGUGGCCUUCGGCGGAGGCGGGGGCGCGCCCUUCGCGCAGCCCGCGGCCGCCGCCGCCGCCCCCUUCUGCCUGCCCUUCUACUUCCUCUCGCCCUCGGCCGCCGCGGCCGCCUACAUGCAGCCCUUUCUGGACAAGAGCGGCCUGGACAAGUACCUGUACCCCGCCGCCCCGUUCCCGCUGCUGUACCCCGGCAUCCACACCCCGGCCGCCGCCGCCGCCGCCGCAGCCGCCGCCGCCGCCGCCGCCUUCCCCUGCCUGUCCUCCGUGCUGUCGCCCCCUCCCGAGAAGGCGGGCGCCGCCGCCGCCACCACCCUGCUGCCGCCGCACGAGGUGGCACCCCCGGGGGCGCUGCACCCCCCGCACCCGCACGGCCGCACCCACCUGCCCUUCGCCGGCCCCCGCGAGCACGGGAAGCCGGAGAGCUCUGCUCAGGAAGAUGCCUCGCAGCCAGGAAAGAAAGCCCCCUGAGGCCUGGCGCUCCAGGGUUCGCGCGGAAGAAUGAUAUGAAUACGUU